AUGGCCGACAAAUUUCCAGCUUUGGAUUCUAUAGAUAAGGACGUACCAUCAAACAGCUCCACCGAGGACAUUGGAGACAGUGAUUUCUUAUCUCGUGAAAAGGAACUACUUGGUGAUGAAUUCAAGACCGAGAACGAUAAAGACGCUUUGGAAGAAAGUGACGAUGAAAUAAAUGACUUCAAAGAGCAAUUUCCAGAUGUCGAAGGUACUAAGGCAGAUGAAGAGGAAGUAAGUGAAUCGGAAGAUAAAGGGUUCGAUGAAGCUGAUACCGGAUUUUCCAGCACCGCAGGUGAAUCUAUCGAGGAUUCUAAGCAUAUAAAAGAAUGGAGGGAACGUCGUGAUUUGGAAAUUUCUGAAAGAGAAAAGGCCAAUUCCAAGAAGAAGGAAGGAAUUAUUUCCAAGGCUCAAGAAACAAUUGAUGACUUUUACGAAAACUAUAACAAUAAGAAAGAGAAACAUUCAAAGGACAUUUUGAAAGAACAAGAAGAAUUUUUAGAAAAGAGGGACGGCUUUUUGAAGAAUGGAACCUUAUGGGAUAGAGUUAAUGAGUUGGUUGAAGAAGUUGGUGAGUUACCUGAUGAUGGUAGUAGAGAUAAGACCAGAUUCAAGAAGUUAUUAGGUAAAUUAAAGGGAAAGGAGAAUGUUCCAGGUGCUGGUGGUUAUUAG